UUGUGCUGCCAGAAGAACCCACCUGCGAUCUGGUGGUGAUCGAAGAAGAUGGCGAAGCGCAAGUCGAUGAGCUCCAAGAUGGCAUCGAGGAAGAAGCCGGCGCCCAAGCUGGACACCACCUUCUGCUGCCCCUUCUGCAACCACCCCGGCGGCGUGUCCUGCACCAUCGACCUCAAGCUCUACGUCGCCAACGCCGUCUGCUACGUCUGCCAGGAGGCCUACCACACCACGGCGCACUACCUCACCGAGCCCGUCGACGUCUACCACGACUGGAUCGACGCCUGCGAGAAGGCCAACCAAGAAGUCGAAGCUGUGGACUGCUAGUCGGCAGCGACGACGGCGACAGCGAAGCUGGAUCCAGUUGGCUUCAGACAAGGAUCGAUCGAUCGAUACGCCCAGUGUGUGCCUGAUGAGUCCUUGCCUCUGAAUUUUGGCUAAAAUUCUCUUCUUCGCUUCUUUGCUCUGCGAGGAUA